UCUGCUGCUGGCUGCCAGUUUGCGUUUUACAAUCUCGCGUCGUAGUCGCGGUCGUUGGUCGCGCGUUCACCGUUUUCGCGUUUUGCUGCUGCUUUUUGGAACCAGUUCUGCUGCUCCGGGGGGAUUGUUUCCGGAUGACAAACGUGUGUGUUGUUCCGGCCUACUGUGGGUGUUAGUGAGCAAGGGGUUUUCGAAGAAAGUAAGUGCGUGAAAAGUUUUUGGCGAGUUUCGGAAGACCUGUCAAAAGUGGCAACGAGUUGGUGCGCCGUAGAAGUUCCAGCUGCAAGCGCGGAAGGGAGAAGUGGUUCCACGGAGGGACGGGCAAGAGGAAGAUUCUUGAGUAUCCCAAGUUUGCUAGUGUGUGUGGGUUUGUGUGUUGCCUUGAGUUGAGAACCUGCUGCUGCCGUGUGGGAAGCCAUCCAAGGAGAAUACCGGAGUUUGGACUAGAAGCUGAUUUAUUCUGGGAGCUUCUGCUGCAUCCGGGACGAAAAUCUGAAAAGGAUUCGCAGCCAAUCGCCCACUGUUUGUCAAAUAUUUGCAACGUGCAUGUGAUUAGAAGUGACAUUUGCAUUUUGGAGUGGAGGGUGUUAAGCCAAGCCACGUGCACAAGAAGAAGAAGAAGACGACGACGAAGCUGUCCUCAACCGCAGCCGAACAUGACCGACCUCAACAACACUACACCGUGAAUAGCUCGUCAUCGUACUGCCUCAUGAAAUUGUAGAAGAGAAGAAAAGUGUGUGAUUAUCAUAUUUCGCGAACGCAGCUGAAAGGCACCAGCGGUGUGGAAUCCCCGUAGUUUUCAACGUUACGCCGCCGCCGUGAUAUAUCUCUGGUGUAGCGGCUUUAGUCGGCAGAAUAGUUCGACUCUCCCUCAGUGUGGCGCUGGAUAGAUAGAUUACGUGAAGGAAAAGCCUCGCGAGCUGGCGCUGGAAUUUGCGAGGGGGUUUAUUAUUGCCUGCUGAAGUGUGUUGAUGUGCCAAGAGUCCCGCGCUAUCAAGUUCUGAAUGCAGAGUGUUUGUGCGGCGCGUGCAAGAAUUUGUGCUACGUCGUCGGAGUCGUAACCGGUGAAGAAGUCAAAACAAACGCCGCUGUUGUGAUCAGCUGUUUCUCGGGUACACAACAACAGCGUUCUGAAGAGUGUCAACAACAGCCCACAGUGCGGCUGCUCAUUAGUGAUAACAAUAAGCUUGUGGUUUUUGCGUGCUCCUAGUGUGAUGGUGGGUGGAAUGUCUGCUACAAUCUAGAAGAAGAAAACAGCCGGAAAAUGCGUCGAACCAGCAGGAAUUCGUUCAAUUUCGACUUUUCGUUAAGGCGAUUGUUGCUGCAGGGCGCCCGGGCUGCCCGGGGGAGUCCUCCCCUCGGCCAGAGGCUGUGCGAUGUGGAAAAAGGCGGCGGAAGUGGAGGUGGUGGAAGUGGGUCCGGCGGUGGAGGACCCAGCGGAAGCAAGCAUCAUGACAAGCACGGUGGAUCGUCCGGUGGGAGUAAUAAGCACAAUUCCGAUUCCACUUCGCAACAUUCGGCCAACUCUCCGGGCAACCUGGACCGGGGCACAUCCACCUCGAAACUCACGCCAAAUAGUCAUAAGUCGUCCAGCAGUCUGCAGAGCAAGAGCACGGCCGGGUCCGGCUCGGCGGCGGGGGCCACAGCCGGUGCCGGUAAAUCACCGGAGGAAUGUCCCCUCUGCUACGACACGGUCCCGGUCGGCCAGGAGUUCUACGCUCUGCUCAACUGCAAACACUACGCCUGCCGAAGCUGCCUGGAGAACUACCUGAGGAUCGAGAUAUCCGAGAGCCGGACGGACAUCAGCUGCCCGCAGUGUCCGGAAUCGAUGCACCCGACUGACAUCCAAACGCUGCUCAAGGCGUCCCCCGCUGCCAUAACCAAAUACGAAGACUUUAUGGUGCGUCGAGUACUGCUGGCGGAUCCCGACUCGCGCUGGUGUCCCGGGCCGGACUGCAGCUACGCCGUCGUCGCCACCGGCUGUGCCAGCUGUCCGCGGAUACGCUGCGAGCGGCCCGGCUGCGACGUCCAGUUCUGCUACCACUGCAAGGCCGAGUGGCACCCGGACCAGACGUGCGACGCGGCCCGAGCUUCCCGGCAGAGUCCCACCAGAGCACCGUCCGGUAGUAUUAGCCAAGAUUCACACCAUAAGGACGACAUCAAGCCAUGUCCCCGGUGCCAGGUGCUGAUCGUCAAGAUGGACGACGGUUCCUGCAACCACAUGGUCUGUGCCAUCUGCGGGUCCGAGUUCUGCUGGCUGUGCAUGAAGGAGAUCAGCGAUCUGCACUACCUGAGCCCGUCCGGCUGCACUUUCUGGGGCAAGAAGCCAUGGUCGCGCAAAAAGAAGCUCCUGUGGCAGCUGGGAACGCUGGUGGGGGCCCCGCUCGGGAUUGCCCUGGUCGCCGGCAUCGCCGUGCCUGCCAUGAUCAUAGGAAUUCCGGUUUGGGUCGGGCGGAAGAUUCACACCCGGUACAAAACGGCCGGGAAGCACAAACGAAACUUUGCCGUGUUGGGAGGCGUUACGGCGUCGGUCAUCGUGUCCCCCGUGCUGGCCGGUCUAGCGGUGGCCAUUGGCGUGCCCAUCCUGCUGUUUUACGUGUACGGAGUGGUUCCGGUGUCGCUGUGUCGGGCCGGCUGCGGCGAAGGAACUCGGUUCGAGUUUGACGAGGAGGAGGACAACGGCUCGCGGAACCAUGACGCCACCAGCGUCGACGCCGUGUCGCGAAUCGGAGCGACCAGCAUCGGCGAGGUCAGCCUGAGUGUGGCCAGCGGAAGUCACCUGGGCGUGAGCAGUCAACACUCCAACUUUGGCGUCGUCACGAACCCGUCGACGCGGGAGUCGACGACGGCGCUGGCCGGUAGCAUCACCGGACACCGGCUGGAAGUGCAAGCGGACAUUAGCACGUCGGAAACGGCCUCCGCCGUGACGUGCGUCAGUGAAAAGUCCGGCAACACGUUGAACGAUACGGCCUCGACGAAGGCGCUGGCCGGUUCCAUCCUGAGCUACCGGGCCUACCAGAUGGCGUCCGAUUCCGCGUGCUUUAGUGCGUCCGAGGACGGCGGUUCGUCGGAGCGGGUUCGCUUUGACAGUAACGUUUGCUACGUGAUCGAUGGUGGCGGGGUGGCCACGUCGAUGGCGGCGACGGCGUCUGGAGCUGGUAAAGAGGGAGGACCGUCCACGGCGACCGGUGGCAAGAAGGAUACCUGUGAUAUCUGGUACACGGUUCCGCUGGAUCAGGACACGGCCGCCGACAAGGCCAGCCUCGGCAGUGGUCGCUCGUUCCGCAGCUCGGAGCGCUCCUUCCGGGACGACUUUGACUCGACCAGUCUGUCCUCGGCGCACACCAACACCGGUACCGCCACCACCACCAGCCAUCACAGCCACGUCGCCAUCGCGGCGGCCACCAAUCCGGCAGUUGGCGCCGCAGCUGCGACAACAUCCGGAACUUCCAAACAUCAACGCAUGAACGCAUUUGGCACACGCAUUCCAAAGUUGGGCUCGGGGCCGCACCAGCACCGGACCCUGUCGAUGGACAGCACCACGGGCUCGUACAACAUCCCGGAAAACGUGAGUCUGGAGCAGGAAGAGCAGGAGGAGCAAGAACAGCAACAGCAGCAGCAGCAGCAACAACAGUCUUCCCCGGCGCUGUCAAAAGUAGUGGGGGUGGCCGCAGAGGAGGAGAAGGACAAAGUGGACAACGUUGCUGCGCCGAUUGUGGAGCCCAAGUCGAGGAGGACGCACAUUCUGAGGAAUCUGUUCUUUGCCCAGUCGGGAUCGCCGGGGAAUGAUGGACACCAGCAGCAGCAGGGAGAUUCUUCCAAAACGGCAGCCUAGGCGUAAGGUGACGUGCGCGGCGAAAUCUUCUAUUUUUUUGCGGAAUUCGCGCGAAACAAACCAAACAUCCGAAAGUAGUUGAAAAUUACUUACCACAAAAGAACAGCAGAACUUGUAUUUAAAAAAAGCAGCUAUAUUUGCAACGGUGUACAUUUAAAAGAGAGAAGCGAAACACUGAGACAAAACCAUACAAUGAAUUAACGGUAGCGAGUGUUUUAUUCCCUUGGCAAGCAAAAGACUGCUCUGAUAGAGAAAGCGGAAAAGGAGAAGAAGAAGAAGAAGAAGAAGAAACAGGAAGAAAAUGUGUUAUUUUUACUAGCUAGAAUUCACACUCUGUAGAGAAAGGAGCAUGAACUUAUUUAGUGAUUGAAUUUGUAAUCAUUGACGUAACUUGAGACAUUUAUACGAUUUAGCCAAAAACAAAUUAACAUUGCUUCAACAUUCUUCUAAACAGAAUUCGAAGGAGAUGUAACUCGAUGUACAACCACAACAUAAA